CGGUCGGGUGGAAGAAGUCGUAUGCCGACGGAUGUAAUCUUGGCAGAGAAUUCCCUCUUCUCCCUGGGCAUACAUGGUGAAACUCCCAUGGGAUCAGAGCGUAUGGAGAUGCGAAAGCGUCAGAUGUCGGUGCAGCAGGAGUCGAUGGCGGGUGGCACGGCACCGACCCAGCAGGACCCUAACCAGAGCCAGAACCAGGGGAACCAGAACCAGGGGAAUCAGAGCCAGGUGAACCAGAGAGGGAACAACGCCUGUUGCUUCUGCUGGUGCUGCUGCUGUAGCUGUUCCUGGAACGAGGAGCGUGAGGAGAGGAACCGCCGGGCGUCCUACGACCUCAAGGCUGAGGGAACGGCCGACUGCGAGGACAGCCCCCCUCCUACUCUGGAGGAGGUCCGUUCCUGGGCCCAGUCGUUUGACCGACUGAUGUCGUGCGCUGCUGGCCGAGUGGCGUUUAGGUUGUUCCUGUGUACAGAGUUUAGUGAGGAGAACAUGUUGUUCUGGCUGGCUUGUGAGGAGUUCACCAAGGAAACCAACAAGACCUCCAUUGAGGAGAAGGCACGGAUCAUCUAUGAGGACUACAUCUCCAUCCUCUCACCCAAAGAGGUGAGUCUGGACUCCCGUGUUCGGGAGGUGAUCAACAAGAACAUGUUGGAGCCGUCAUCCCAGACCUUCGUUGAUGCUCAGUGUUGUGUGUAGGAGAGGACAGAGCCCCCACCUCUCUUCAUGCCUUGAAGUGUCUGCACCUGGACACCACAAAGGAAGAGGCUCUAUUGUGUCCUACUGGCUCAACCAAUCACAGCCCUCCAAGCAGUUAUCUGGCCUCAUCCAUAUGCGGGGAUAUUAACAUUCAUCAGACCAGACUCAAUGACACAACAUCAAUGGACAGGAACAUCGACUAUAUAUAUUACAGAGUAUCAAUGAAGGGGAACAGAAAUGAUAUAUACUGAACAAAAAUAUAAACACAACAUGUAAAGUCUUGGUCCCAUAUUUCAUGAGUUGAAAUAAA